GCCGGGAGCGGGCCCGCGCGGGGUGCGGCCGUGAUCCCGCGCCGCGCUCCCGGCACAGCCCGCACAUCCCGGCACACACAUCCCGGCACACAUAUCCCGGCAUGGCCCUCAGCAAGUCCAUGCACGCCCGCAACCGCUACAAGGACAAGCCCCCCGACUUCGCCUAUCUGGCUGGCAAGUACCCCGAGUUCCAGCAGCACGUGCAGACCACCCUGGCGGGCAGGGUGAGCCUGAACUUCAAGGAUCCCGAGGCCGUGAGGGCUCUGACGUGCACGCUCCUGAAGGAGGAUUUCGGGCUGACGAUCGACAUUCCCGUGGAAAGGCUCAUUCCCACCGUCCCUCUGAGGCUGAACUACAUCCACUGGGUGGAGGAUCUCAUCGGCCACCGGGAUGCUGAGAAGCAAACCCUGAGACGAGGCAUUGACAUAGGGACAGGGGCAUCCUGUAUAUACCCAUUACUUGGAGCAACUUUGAAUGGCUGGUAUUUCCUUGCAACAGAAGUGGAUGACAUGUGCUUCAAUUACGCCAAGAAGAAUGUGGAACAGAAUAACUUGUCUGAUCUUAUAAAAGUGGUUAAGGUACCACAGAAGACUCUUCUAAUGGAUGCACUGAAAGAAGAAUCUGAGAUCAUUUAUGAUUUCUGCAUGUGCAACCCUCCCUUUUUUGCCAACCAGCUGGAGGCUAAGGGAGUUAAUUCUCGAAAUCCACGGCGUCCACCUCCCAGCUCUGUAAAUACAGGAGGGAUCACAGAAAUCAUGGCUGAGGGAGGGGAACUAGAAUUUGUCAAAAGAAUUAUUCAUGAUAGUCUCCAGCUUAAAAAGAGGUUACGAUGGUACAGUUGUAUGUUGGGGAAGAAAUGCAGUUUAGCACCACUGAAGGAAGAACUUCGAAUCCAGGGGGUUCCUAAAGUCACUCACACUGAAUUCUGCCAGGGACGCACCAUGAGAUGGGCACUGGCCUGGAGUUUCUAUGAUGAUGUGCAAGUACCUUCACCUCCCUCUAAAAGAAGGAAAUUAGAAAAACCACGAAAACCAAUUACCUUCAUGGUUUUGGCUUCUACAGUCAAAGAGUUAUCUGUCAAAGGUGCAGCUAUGGGCUGGGAUGCUGUAGAAGCUAUUGCUGUGGUUAGAGCCUGGGUAGAGAAGAUUCUCACUGAUCUGAAGGUUCAACAUAAACGUGUUCCAUGUGGAAAAGAUGAAAUAAGCCUCUUUGUGACUGCCAUUGAAAACUCCUGGAUUCAUUUGAGGAGAAAGAAACGAGAAAGAAUAAGGCAAUUACGAGAACUUCCUCGAGCUUCUGAAGAUACUCUGCAAGCAAUGGAGGAGGAAAAGAACAGCCAGAAGAGUGUGAGCAACAACUCGGACUGUGAAAAUCCCAAGGCUGAAGACUCUGAAAUGGGGUUUACGGCACCUGAUGAGGAUGUCCAGAUAACAGCAGGUGAUGAGCAACCAGAGGAGUCUGCUGCCAAAGAAGAGCACAGUGAUCCUGUGAAGAAAGAGGAGAUGGAAGCAAAGCAGGGAGAAACAUCACUUGGAAAAGGUUCUGGUGAUGUGAAGGAGGAGCCUUGCCCUUCAGAGGAAGCUAGCAAUCUGACAGUAGAAAAAGAGCCAGGCCCUAAAGAAACUAGUGGGGAUUUUCUGUUUGAGUGUUUAAUGAAUGUGAAGAAAGAAGGAAAUGAUGUAGUGGUAGAAAUGCACUGGGUUAAAGGACAGAACAGAGACUUGAUGAACCAGCUGUGCACAUACUUACGGAACCAAAUUCUUAGACUGGUUGCUAGUUAGCUCUUUUUCCUACUUUGGUAAAGUAGGUCUGUCCUCAAAUUUUGUAAACUAUUUUUAGAUAAUUAAAAAUUUCAGAUAGCAAAACCUGGUUUUCCCCCUUAAAAAAAAAAAAAAAAAGAGUAGAAUGAAGAUAGAUGUCUCCUUUAAUAUUUUAAAUAGCUUUUUCAAAAAUGUAAGGAGGACCUGAAGUGAUGAGGAAGUGAUAAGGUUUCAUACUGCAGUUGUAAAACUACAUGUUGAAGUGAAACAUGUUUAUGCUAUGAACAUUUUAAAUAGCAGCAGUGCUCGUUCUGGUCUUUUUUUGGCACAAUAGAAAUAUAUAUUGUUACUAAGUAGAAAUUUCCUUCAAUAUUUUUUCAGUACUAAUACAGGAAACGGUUAGUGAGGAGUUUUUAGCAGAGGAUUUCUGUGUGCCUCUCCUCCCUUUAAUGUAUCUAACUUUUGGUCAACAGAGUAGCAGCAUGGAUACAUUCUCCAAGUGUCAAUUCAUUAAAAUAACUGCUUUGGGGAAAAAGUGUGUGUUGUAUUUAUCUGGUGCUUGGGCUUUGAAACACAGAAGAGCCUACUGUUAGCCUACUGUUUAUCUGGUUAUGUAAACUUGAACAAUGAAAGAAGCUUUUUGAUCUGCUUGAUUUAAAGACUAUUAAAAUGUGUUGACUCUUC